UCACAUGAUCUGUACAUAAAAACAGGAUUGUUGUUUCUAGUUACAUGUUGUCGGAAUUUUGUGGGUGCUACAAUUAAGUCUACGUUGAGACUUCCGGCUACGGAUGAUGCCACUUCCUUUCCGCCUCUUUCAGCCUUGAGAACUGCUUUAGGAGGUGGCUUGCUUCUCUGGGUUGUUUUAGUUUUAUAUUUUGCUGCACGUGCAGCUUUCGUCCUUCUAUGGCGUCCGCCGCGGCCCAACCCGCGCCUCUGAGCGCGGAGCAGGCCAAGGUGGUCCUGGCGGAAGUGAUCCAGGCGUUUUCGGCCCCGGAGAACGCCGUGCGCAUGGAUGAGGCUAGAGACAAUGCAUGCAACGACAUGGGCAAGAUGCUGCAAUUCGUGCUGCCCGUGGCCACGCAGAUUCAACAGGAGGUUAUCAAAGCCUAUGGCUUCAGCUGCGACGGGGAAGGUGUCCUUAAGUUUGCUCGCUUGGUUAAGUCCUAUGAAGCCCAGGAUCCUGAGAUUGCCAGCCUGUCAGGCAAGCUGAAGGCUCUGUUCUUACCACCCAUGACGCUGCCGCCCCAUGGGCCUGCUUCUGGUGGCAGCGUGGCUGCCUCCUGAGAGUUGGCCUUUCCCUGUGCUGCUGCAGGGGAGAGGAAGACCUCAGGUGUUUCAGAGGACAAUAAAUGUGCCUGUG